UCCACAAGCAACAAAUAUGGCUGCCGCUAUCGAUCUGUCGUCUAGUAUUGGUGAUAUUGAGCCAACAAAUGACAUAACGGAGAUGGACUUUCAGUCCGGCAAUGAUGUUGUCGCAAGUACGGAGGAUGUGCCGGUGAGACGGGAUCCGACAAUCACGCUCUUGUCCCCGCUGACUGGUGCACAGCCGGUUGUUUGGUCGCAGGAUCACCGGCUUGCAGUGUGUACGGCCAGCUCAUUGGCAGUAAUGGAGCUAGUCUGCGACGUUCACACAAGCGAACAGGAGUUGAUACUGAACAGGACUUCAAUUCCCGUCCCCAAUAAGAGUUUCAAAAUGCGAGUUGGACCUCCAACAGAGCAGGCUGAGGCAAUGAACCACUUUAACACACAUCCUGAUUGCCCCACAAUGCAAGAGUUUCUGCUGGAUAGAGCAAUGAAUCUCGUUGGAGAACACAAAGGAAUUAAAUAUGCUAGUUGGUCACCAUUUGGUUGUGAUUCCAGUGGGCGCUGCUUGCUGGCGUGCUUAACGCUUGACCACAGACUCACCAUCCAACAGACCCAGAAGCGUCUUGUAUGGAAGACGCUGGUCGAUCUCAGCGAUAAGUACGGUGAGGUGCUACAAAAACGAGACUAUGCCAAAAAAGAUGGCCAGCUGCCCGGGAAAAAUCUCUUGGACUUUGAGGAGCUUCAACGGCGGUAUCAGAUGCAGACCCCUGUGAAGAUGGAAUGGUCAAGUAUUUACACGGUCAAACAAGUGCAGUCUGACAACUCCUGCCUCGAUGUAGAGAUGGUCCUUCUUGCCGUCUUGAUGGAAAAUGGCGACCUUGUUUUGUGGAAGUUUGAGUUGCCCUUUGAGAACGGCACAGAUGUUGUUUUUUUCGAUGCCAUUGAGUCAGGUGUGAGCAGACCCAGUGAUUUUGCGUGGUGGGAGUACGAAAAUGCAAAUCGGCAAAUGAGCGGCUUGAUCGUCGGUAGUGAGUUAGGCCCUAUUAAAAUCAUGCCAGUCAGCUUGGUGGGCGUAAAGGGUUACUUCACUCUCCGACACCCCAUCAUCCUCUGGAAAGAGUGUGACCAUAUUGCCGUCGAGAACCUCAAAUGCGUCUCGCUUGUCCACCCGCUUCUCAAAUCCAGCUGCAGCCUCAUCGUGGCUUCUCGCGGUUCGUACAUCUUCUGGUGUUUGCUCAUGAUUAAGCCAACUGGACUAAAGGUGCACAACUCACACGUGGUGGGCCUUCACUCGCUCCCCGUGAUGUCGCUUGCACUCAGCCAAAGCGGUGUUGUGUACACUUGCUCCACCAAUGGAUGGAUCAAAAAGCUGAUGCCAAAAUUCACUGAAAGCACUUUGACUUUCAAUCAAGAGAGCAUGUUGUGUCCAGAAAGUUUGACAAACCGGCGCUUGCGUGGGAUUGCGGUGAGCCACAAUGAAGCGUACAUUGCACUAGUCAGCACACAAGGUAUGGUUAAUUCAUUUCACUCAACUCUCAGGACCUACCAGGUCAAUUUUAUAGCUUUAAAAUUACCAGAAACAGCAGCUGGGCUCAUGCUGAACUCCCAGUCACAGAACCUAUACAAGCAAGCCGACCUACUAGACCUUGUGAGGUGGAGCAUCUUAAAAAACAAAUGCAUUCCUGAAGCGCUGCAGCAGGAGCUAGAUCAGAAGAUCCAGGAGAUUGACUCUACAUACUUUUGGCGCCUAAAGCUUUUUUUAGUUCGUUUUCUGCACCAGUCACUUCAGACACCGUUAACAGACCACCACUGGAAACCUUCUGAAGAGAUCGCCAAUGCACUCACGCAAGAUGAGGAGGAAAAGGAUGGAGAAGAGGACAAUGGUUUGUGUGAUGCGACCAACGAAAGUAAAGCGGGAAAACGGAAGAAUCCAAAGGAGCAGAUGAAGGAGUUGCAGGCAAGGAUCAAUUUAGUGGAGACCCAUCUUGUGAAAGAGAACAUGAAGAAGUUGCUUGGUGAGGUGUACCUCAACACCCAGAAAACACAGAAGACAUGCAUUCCCACUAUUGGGUUGGCUGAGCACCUCUUAAAGGACUCUGGUGACAAAAACACAGAGGUCUUAAUUGGUCACAUCAAGAAAAAGCUGAACAAGCAGACGUUCCCGGAGUGCUGCAGCCUGUGUCAAGAAGUGCUUCCCUUCACGGACCACAAACAAGCAUUGUGCGAAAACGGUCACAUGUGGCUCAGGUGUGUUUUGUCCUAUCAGGCGUGUCAGGCUUUGACGUUCAGACGCUGUCUCUUGCAGGAUAGCAUCUCUGGAAUUCCAGACCCUGACGACCCACAGUGGAUAAAGAAGAUACUCCAGGCGCCAUGCUUGCUCUGCGACUCGCCGAUGAUGUAAAAGGGCCGAACAACCGCUGGGAUUGAAGCAAAUUCUCGCAAGUGCCAGUUUUACAACUACUGCAACAUGUCUCUUAAUUAUAUCAUAUUUAUAUUUGUCUUAAAUUUGGAAAUAAAAGUCUUUGAAGAUAUGUUGAGUCUUGUAUUUCUUGACUAGCUGAGCCAGUAAAUUAAGAUGCUGAGACUUUGAAUUAGUUUUUUAAUGAGGUAAAACAUUGUGGACUCAAAACUUUACACUGUAUUUUCUAGCUCUACCCAAAAAGUCCCACUCAGAUAGUGUUUGCACAAAGAUACAAAGACAAGUUUGAAAUGUGGUUAUAUCUGGAGGCUUUCAUUAUUCAGUAGAACUUGAGGGCACCAUAAAUAAGUUGCCUCACCCCCCCCCACACACACACACAUUUCUCCUGUAUUUCCAAACCUUUGGUGUAGUUUUAUUGCAAGUAAGUGGAACUUACUUACUGCUAGACCUAUUUUAGUAAUUUUAUACUUUUUCUUUCUUUUUUGAGUGCAACAAAUAAUACAUUCUGAAUAAAACAUUGUCUUGGAAAAAAAUCUCAGCGUACCUACUUUAAUUGGCAGCGUAAAACAAUUUCCAUGCUUUGGGAGGAGGAGGAGGGCGGUAGUGCUCAGUCAUUCUCUCAGAUGAGGACUUCCGCUAAUGUAAACGCAGAAUAGAAGAAACGGCGAGGCAGAUGAGAUGAGCAAGAGGCAGGAAGAAAGUGAAAAGUGUGCUUAAAAACCUGGCGUGCUCCCUCCCAUGGGAACAUCUUGUAAUGAGAUUCAGCAGUAAUGAGGGACAGAACAUGGUGCCAGAUGUGAUUCUAAUUCUAAUCAAGUAGGGGUGGGUGGUAGCAAGGGCGUGUGAGCAUAUUGUUAAAUACAAUUUAAAGCUUUUUUCCAAAUUUGGGGACUAGAAACAUUGUUGGUGGCAUGUUCUCAUCCCUCUUUUGGGUCCAUUUCCUUGUGGUGCGAUGUAUUGGAGUCUUUGGAUCAAAGUGGAAGGUGGGCCUGAGAGAGUGGGUCAUAAGCACGCCCCCAGCCUGGCAGAAAUGGAGUUGGUUUAUUGGUGUCGCUGUAGUUGAUAAUCAGACUUAAACAGUGGUUGAUUCAUGCCAUGUGGAAAAUUGGGUUGUCUGC